AUGAUUACCAGCUUCCCUGGCUUAUACUACUACAUCUCAUUUCCAGUCGCUACGAGAUUCGCCUGGGGCUUCUGGGGAUCAAUAUUCGUGGUUCUCAACCGUAUCACUCUGUCGAUAGUAUGGUCCGGUGUUCAAUCUUGGCAGGGUGGAUUGAUGAUGUACGUCUGCCUUCGAGCACUUUGGCCAAGCAUCGAUGACAUACCGAACACUAUUCCGGCCAAAACGGGCAUGACCUUACCACAAUUUGUCGGAUUCAUCGUUUAUUUUGUCAUCCAGCUACCAUUUGUAUUUCUCAGCCCAUCACGACUGAGGUACCUGAUAUACGCCGGCAGCUUGUCCGGACUUAUUGUUCAACUGGUCCUGGCUAUCUGGGCCUGCGCAACAAUGGGCAGCAGUGGCUUUGGCAGCAUUAUUACUCAGGAAUCCCCUCUCCCCGGCUCCCAGGUCGCUUGGAUGGGGACAUAUUCGAUCAGCAUCAUUAUAUCGUCCAUCACGGCUGGCGCUCUCAGCGCUUGUGACUAUGCUCGAUUCGCCAAACGCCCCAUCUCGGGCAUGUGGUCGCAGGGCCUUGGCUUCGCGCCGGCUUGGUUAUCGAAUAUCCUAGGCAUCCUCACCGUGGCAGCUACACAGCAGCGCUUUGGUGCCAAGUUAUGGAGUGUGGUACAGCUCCUUGUUGCGAUGCAGGAUGCAGAUCCAACUUCAGGCACUCGAGCCGGUGUGUUUUUCGCAGCUCUCGGGUUUCUUAUCUCACAGAUUGCACUAAAUGUAAUUGCAAACUCCUUCGCCGGCGGUACUGAUAUUGCCUCCUUACUGCCUAAGUUCGUCAACAUUCGUCGUGGCCAGCUCAUAACUGUCUUCCUCGGCCUCGUCAUCAACCCGUGGUACCUGCUCAGUGGUGCCAUCAUCUUUGUGUCAGUUAUGUCAGCAUACGCAAUUUUCUUGCAACCGUUCAUCGGCAUUCUUCUCGCGCAUUACUUUGUCGUACAGAAACGGCGCAUCAAGGUGUCAGAUUUGUACAAGUUAGGCCCCAGCUCGAUCUAUUGGUACACUUGUGGAGUCAACUGGCGCGCGGUUGUUUCGUGGCUUGUUGGGGUUGUACCUCAUCUGCCCGGAUUUCUGGCAACGGUAAAUCCGUCAAUCAAGGUCACAACACAGGCGUCACAGAUUUAUUAUUUAUGCUCGAUAACAAGCUUCCUAAUAGCAUUCUUUCUAACAGUCGUAUUGCAUAUGGCUUUCCCGGUUAAGGCUCAAACUGAGUAUGUCGCCUCGGUCACAUUUACCUCAGCCAGGAACGAAGUCGAGGAGUACAUUGAAAGUUACGAGCAACAGUACGAGAAUGUUGAAGUACGAUUACGACACAAAUCCAUGAGCGAUACAACGUAA